UUAAUGAUGCAAUUCAUUCCCACAGUGUCAACUAUUGGUGUUUGUCGUCGUUUGUUCCUCAUCCAUUUUGUUCAUACAAUUUCAAUAUGUCUACCCCAGCGCCAAAAUAUUCUUUUGGAUUUGAAGAAUUGCAAUCGAAAGAUCAUCGCCUAUGGAAAUCAAUAUUGGCAGAAUUUGUGGGAAACUUCAUUUUGAAUUUCUUUGCCAUUGGCGCGUGUACACAACCUGAGGAUGGAACAUUUAAAGCUUUUUCGUUUGGCUUUAGCAUUUUUAUGGCCAUAACAAUUGUGGGUCAUCUAAGUGGUGGACACAUAAAUCCGGCGGUUACGAUUGCAAUGGCCCUGGCUGGUCGCAUAAGUCUCAUCCGUAUGGUUAUGUAUAUUGUGGCUCAGUGUAUGGGAUCGGCAGCUGGUACGUGCGUGCUUAAGCAACUAUUGGACGAAGCAUAUCACAAUGGCUUGGGUCACACCUCUCUGGCCGAAAACAUCACCGAGCUUCAAGGUAUGGGCAUAGAAUUCGUACUUGGAUUACUGUUGGUUCUAACCGUUUUUGGAGCUUGUGACCCUGGCAAACCGGACAAUAGAUUUAUUGCACCCUUCAGUAUUGGUAUGGCAGUAACGCUGGGUCAUUUGGGUACAAUACGUUAUACAGGAACUGGAAUGAAUCCAGCCCGAGCAUUUGGUACGGCUUUUGCAACAGAUCGUUGGGAAUCGCAUUGGGUCUAUUGGGCUGGACCGAUAUUGGGUGGCAUUGUUGCGUGUAUGAUUUAUUCACAGUUUUUCGAGAAACCCAUGCCGACACCAAAGCCAAUCGAGGCAUCUGAUAAGUAUCGCAUUCAUGCCUAUGAACGUGAAAUGAAAAAGUUGGAAAUUGGCAGAGAUUUUUCUUAAAUUGUUGGGAUCUCUUGUAUAUAAUAUAUAUUUUUUGUAUUAUUUGUAAGAAAAUUAUGAUUUUGUAAUAUUUUGUUUGUAUAAAUUGUAAUAUUUUUAAUUAUGUAAAUAACUAUAUUGUUUAUAAAUCUCGUAAAAAUAA